AUGCCUCUACACGUGCACCAGCUUUCGCGCGCCAAUCCCGCCGACGAGCUGUACUUCCCAGCCAUUGCGCGGAUCCAUCUCGCGGCGUGGCUGACGGUGCCGCUCAUGCGGGCCAUCUAUUACGGGGGCCCCGAGGCGCACCCGGCGUACCUCAGCUCGAUGGCGGAGCGGCACCUGCGCGCGUUCCGCGAGGAGGACAACUGUCGCUUCGCCGUCGUUGUGGACGACACAUUGCCCGCCGACGAGGAGGUAGCAUCAAAGCAGGACGCCGGAACGGGAGCCGUUCAAGGGACGACGACGGUGGCCGCGGCGGCGCCAAAGGGCAAAGUCAUCGCUGCGAUCAAGUACUACUUUAUCGAGCCCAAUCCGCCGGCUCCCUCAUCGGCCGCAUCGCCAUCUCCCACUACAACCACAGCGGACUCAAACCAGUCUUCCGGUGGCCCCUCCUCUGCGACAGCGAUCCGGACGUGGCCGGCGUACUCGCACGUCACCCUCGCCUCUGCCUUCUGGGAGCAGCUGGUCCAGGCGCGGACGCGACUCACGGCGCUGCUCGGCCGGCACGUCCUCGUGGACAACCUGUACACGGACCCGGGGCACCAUCGGCGCGGAGCCGGGGGAAUGCUGAUGCGACACGCGUGCCGGGAGGCGGACCGCUGCGGGUGGCCCAGCAUGCUGGAGGCGUCGCCCAAGGGCAUCGGGGUGUACGAGUCUGUGGGAUUUCGACGAUUCAAUCCAGGUGGAGGAAACGAAGAGCAAGACGGCUCGGAGAUCUGGGUGGAUCUCCAGCGGUGGGAGAAUGGAGGAGACAAAGGAGUCGAGUUCUCCAAGCAAAGGCUCAAGCAAGAGCUUCAGAGUGGUGGAGGGAGAGGAGAAGGGUGGUAUUGUCAGGUUCUCAUGGUCAGGCCGGCUGGGUCGGGUGGAAGCAGUGUCGGCGACCAGAAGGAAGUGGUCGACAUAGGAAAGGGAGAGGCCGCUGUCGUGGAGCCAUAG